CGCCUCUCCUCUAAACACCAUUUAAAUGACUGGUGGGAGUGUCGCUCUGGAUUUAACUCGGCGGAGCUGAGGGAGAAGCAUCACUUCCACAAGUCAUUUUCUCACGGGAAGACGCCAGACAACGACGGGAGACGGUUUGAACCAUGUGUGGGAUCUUUGCCUACCUGAAUUACCAAGUGCCUCGCACCAGAAAGGAGAUAUUUGAGACGCUGGUCAAGGGACUGCAGAGACUGGAGUACAGAGGGUACGAUUCAGCAGGUAUCGCUGUGGAUGGCCCCAACAAGACGACCACCGACAUCAAUGGCAACACCAUCUGCUUGAUCAAGAAGACAGGGAAGGUCAAGGCUCUCGAUGAGGAACUGUACAAGAAAGACUCGAUGGACUUGGAUGAGGAGCUGUGCACACACUUUGGCCUCGCUCACACUCGCUGGGCCACACACGGAGAGCCGAGCGCCCUCAACAGUCACCCUCAUCGCUCUGACAAGGAUAAUGAGUUUGUCGUCAUUCACAAUGGCAUCAUUACCAACUACAAGGAGCUGAAGGAGUACCUGAUCACCAAAGGAUAUGAGUUUGAGUCAGAGACGGACACCGAGGUGAUCCCAAAAUUGAUCAAAUACAUAUAUGACAACCGAGAGAAUGACAGCAUCACCUUCUCCACCCUGGUGGAGAGGGUCAUUAAGCAGCUGGAGGGGGCCUUCGCUCUAGUGUUCAAAAGCCGUCAUUUCCCUGGAGAGGCAGUGGCCACCAGGAGAGGAAGUCCACUGCUCAUUGGUGUGCGAAGCGAACAUGAGCUGUUGACCGAUAAUAUCCCCAUCCAGUACAACAGCGGUCACUUCAAGGAGGGAGUCCAGGAGAAGAACAGCCAUAACCGACCUGAUGGCUCCAACUCCAUCAACUUUGUGGGGGAUGGCAGAGCUGUGGAGUUUUACUUUGCCUCCGAUGCCAGUGCUAUCAUUGAGCACACCAACAAGGUGCUGUACAUGGAGGAUGAUGACAUUGCGGUGGUGACCGGCGGCAGACUCUCCAUUCACAGGAUGAAUCGGCAGGCUGGUGAGGAUCCAGUGAGGGCAAUCCAGACCCUGCAGAUGGAACUGCAACAGAUCAUGAAAGGCAACUUCGACGCCUUCAUGCAGAAGGAGAUCUUUGAGCAGCCGGAGUCAAUAGUCAACACCAUGAGAGGCCGGAUUUGUUUUGACUCCAACACAGUGGUUCUUGGUGGGCUGAAGGACCACCUGAAAGAAAUAAAGCGUUGCAAACGGCUAAUUGUGAUUGGCUGUGGCACUAGCUUCCAUGCUGCAGUGGCUACCAGACAGAUCCUCGAGGAACUGACGGAGUUGCCUGUCAUGGUGGAACUAGCAAGCGAUUUCCUGGACCGCAACACACCCGUUUUCAGAGAUGAUGUUUGCUUUUUCAUCAGCCAAUCAGGAGAGACAGCAGACACUUUGAUGGCAUUGCGCUACUGCAAAAGCCAUGGCGCUCUGACUGUUGGUAUAACCAACACCGUGGGCAGCUCCAUUUGCAGAGAAACAGACUGUGGAGUCCAUGUCAAUGCUGGGCCUGAGAUAGGAGUGGCUAGCACCAAGGCCUACACCAGUCAGUUUGUGGCCCUCAUCAUGUUUGGCCUGAUGAUGAGUGAGGACAGGCUCUCCCUACAGCCCAGAAGACUGAAGAUCAUCAACGGCCUCAAGGAACUACCAGAGCUGAUAAAGGAGGUGUUGUCCUUGGAUGAGAAGAUCAAGGCCAUUGCUAAUGAGCUUUAUCAGCAAAAGUCUCUUCUGGUGAUGGGACGGGGUUUCCACUAUGCCACCUGCCUAGAGGGGGCAUUGAAAAUCAAGGAGAUCACUUACAUGCACUCAGAAGGCAUCCUGGCUGGGGAGCUGAAGCACGGGCCUCUUGCACUUGUAGACAAAGACAUGCCAGUCAUUAUGAUCAUCAUGAGAGAUGCCUGCUACACCAAGUGUCAGAAUGCUCUGCAACAAAUCACUGCCAGAUCGGGUCGACCCAUCAUUCUUUGUUGCCAGGAUGACCCUGAGAUGACUAAGAAUGCCUACCAGACCAUUGAGCUGCCACAGACUGUGGACUGUCUGCAGGGCAUCCUCACUGUCAUCCCCCUGCAGCUGCUGUCCUUCCACUUGGCUGUCCUGCGAGGAUAUGACGUUGACUUUCCCAGAAACUUGGCCAAGUCUGUGACCGUGGAAUAAUUACAUAUCACAAAGUAUGGGAGAAGAUAGAGGAUACUCAAAGAUUUACAGUGCAAUUGUGCAAUUUAACUUUCAGUAUGUUUGUGUGUGGGGGUGGGUGUGUUGAGGCUGGGGUAUAGUAGGGGGCUGUGUGUGUGUGUGUGUGUGUGUGUGUGUGUGUGUGAACAGAUGAGGGCCUGAGUGAAAGAGAUGAAAGAGGGAGGUGUAUAGUACAAUGUCUUUUUAAAUAUAAAAGAAAUGUGAAGUCUGACCAAUAACACUGCUAAGGAAGUGCCAGUGCCAUUGAGAUUUAGAGGAACAAUCAAUGAAAACAACAUUCACACGUCCAAAGCUAAAUGCUGUGCCUUUUGUCUCAUCUCAAGUUGAGCCAAACGUACAUACAACAGGCUUAGCAUUGAUUUGAAGUGUUUACAGUUGUGCAAUAUGGGGACCAAGUGUUUAUUAUGAAUGUACACAAUCAUGAAUAAGGUGAUUAAUUCUCUUCUUGUAUUCGUAAUUUCUUAUGUCUAUUGCCCCAUCUUACCUCUCUUUGUAUAAUGGGAAAUUAAGGAAGUCAACAAUUUAUCCCAGAGAGUUCUGUGAAUUAAGCAAAUCUCUUUUUUUAUGUAGUUGCACAUUCAUGCCAUCAAGGUGCCUGGUGGGUUAUUAACCUAUAACUUAAAUGUUUGUAGCAAAAGCUACCAGAAGGAAGUUCCUCAACAUAAAUUUUAUUUUACUUGACUGUUUUGAUUUGUUUGUGCUCCAUUUUUAUUUCAUUUUAAUUUAAAAAUGAACGAAAAUAGUUCUGUUUAACAGGACUGUAGUUUCUGAUGGCAGGUCAGAAUUUUUUUCCAGAAUUUCUUUACACUUAUAAAGCAUUAUGGAGCAUUUCCACAGAAACAGAUAAUAAUUAUUUAAAGAACACUCAUACAGCAAAUAAAUAAUGUACAGUGACUUUCAAUAACACUUUUCUGUCAGCCAUUUGUAUGUGUUUAUGAUGAUAAAAUAUUCAGUAUUUAUCUGAUUUUUAUUUUAUAGGGCUUGAGAGGGUGUUUGAUUUAUAUCUUUAACUAUGAUUAUGUUUUAUAUUGUAUGUUUUAUAGACAUAAACAGGCACUAUCAAUCAAUCAAUCAAUAAAUAGAUCAAGUAUUCGA